AUGGGAAAAUUUUGUGAUGCGUGUGGUAGAGCUGCUUCUCGCUUAAUAGCACGUGGAAAAUCUAUUCUUCGACAAAGAGGUCGGAAGAAACGGGCUAAAUCGAGAAUAGCAAAAUAUUCCUGGGAUAAGCAGUAUUACGGUUUAAAAUUAAAGUCUGUUUCAAAAGAUAUCGAUCUUGAUGGAGACGAUGUGCAAGAAAUUAAUUGUCGAGAUAUUUUUUGUGGCGAUCAUGGCGAUAGGGAAAAAUAUUUAUUAACGUGGGCGGAAUUAUUUACUUUUGCUAUAUGUACCCGAUUUAGUGUCUCUUACAUUACAGUUCAAAUGUAUAUGAUGACUAAUUUUGGACCAGCAUUAACAUUUUCAUUAUCCACCUUUAUUAUGAUUUGCACAUGCGUGCCUGUUCAGAGUGGAUACAUUUUUUUGGGCAACUUCACCAAAAGAUAUUUUGUUAGAUUCUGGGAUUGCGUACCUAUAUUGAAAGGACUCCCAUUUGCACUUAUUAUCUAUUCUAUUCCGAUGCAAAUAUACAAUGUUUAUUUCGCCGGACAGGCUCUUUAUUAUAUCAGUAAAUUAAUUCGUAGUGGUACUAUUCCAUGGGAAAAUUGCGACUUUGAUGGGGCUUGUGAUGAAUGCACACCAAUAUAA